AUGAAUAACACAGAUAACAGUUCCAUCUCUUUGCUACACGUCAUGUACAAUGAGAUACUAUUUUUGAAGGCAGGUCAAGAAAAGACCAAACUUGAAAUGAAGGCACAGAUCAAAGAGUUGAAGCUUGAAAUGAAGACGAGCAUCAAAGAUUUGAAUUUAGAGAUUACUGCUCUUCAGAGCCAACUGGAUAAUAGAAACAUUUCUAACCAACACACUUCGUCUUCUGUCUCUGUCAUUUCUAGUGCUAAUACCAUCCACAAACUGGUGAGCGUAUUCUGUGAAAUAACUUUAAAGCAUAUCUUCAAGAUGAUAAGUGAAGACCUUGGCAUUGAAGUAACAAGUAACGAAAAGGCCACACUCAAUAUGUGUACAAAGCUUAUAUGUGAUGAUAUGGCUGCCUAUCCUUUGGUGAUUGCUCUUGGUCCUAAUCCUAGCUGGGGGUCUAUACCCGUAGCACUUAAGAAAGAAAUGUGUGCCAGGCACGCAAAUAUAAUGAAGGAUUCUGGUAUAGACAUCACUAGAUGUCUCGGAAACUGGGCAUCAACUGCAAGAGUUGCACAUCUCUGGAGGGAUCGCCAUAAAAGAUUACAGUCUUUAAUCUUUAUCACAAUGAGUCAUCUUCCAGGAGUAUUGUUCUUCUGGAAAGAUCUGGAAAGACCAAUUGAUAUGAUACUUCUCCAGUCAGAUCAGUCCAAGAGUUUUGCUCAAAAGCGCAAAGUUCUUUUGACUCUCAACAAUUUCUCUGGUCAUAUAGUUGAUUAUACACCUACAAAUGUUGAGCUUCUUUUUUUGUCACCAAACACCACUUCCCACCUUCAGCCAUUGGAUGGUGGUAUUAUUCGGGCAUUCAAGGCUUAUUUCAAGCGUAAGAAGUAUGGCAAGACAUAUCAAUACAUUGGCAUGAUUCAAAAUGGCGAUCAAGAUAAAAUCAGGCCAAUUGAUAAAAUCUUUGAAAUUGUUCAUGUUGUAAAUGAGUAUUUACUACUGCUGUAA